CCUCAUGACUAAAUCUGAAAAUUAGGAUGCUUAAGUUAAAUCAAGUAGAAAGUACCAGAAAAUUAAUAAGGAAGAAAGAAGACUAGUAUUAAAGCUUCUUUUACAAGACAAGCUCUCUUUAUAAGAGGUAUCAAAUUAAUACCAAAUUUAUGAAUAUGUCUAACCAUUAUAUAUGAUAUCUUGAUCAUUUAUAUUUUUAGGUAGCGAAUAGGUUGUAGCUAAAAUACUGUACUGUACGAACAAUACAAAAGGCAUAUGAAAAAGAGGGAAGGAUAGGUAAGAAAGAGACAAGAAAGAAGAAGCUUAAGGUAGAGAAUAUCUUAAAGAUUUAAAUUAUUAAUCCUCUCACUUUCUAACUGUCUGAGCCUAUUGUAUCAUCGGAAGUUAGUCAGGUAAUUUUAAAUAAAUUUAUGUAGAUAUAUAUUGACAAACAACCUUCAAAGGAAGACUAAGCUAAUUUGAUGUAAGAAUAGCGAUCUCUUCUUCAAUAACAUUGUUAAAAACUAUUUUCUACAUUAACAUAAUAAUAUUAGAAGGCUGCAGAAUCUUAGAAUCCAUUUUAUUACACAACUAUUUAAAAUUUAUUUUUGGCAUCACAACUAAUAUUCAAACAACUCUUGGAAGUUAAAUAAUAAAUCAACGUAAAAUAAGAAUAUGAACCUGUGUCUCCAACUCCAACACAAUACCCUAUUCAAAUUCAACAACAUAUUUACUAACCACCAUAUGGUAUGAUGUUGCCACGAGUUAAUUCUUGAUU